GCAUUGAGGGGGUUGACCGCUCAAAUCUGUCCAUUCUUUUUGAACCUGCUGGACGGACUUCAGGGUAUAAGGGAGACAAGUUUCGUCGCUGAAGCAAAGUUAUUAGUGCCGUUCUGUUCAGGGGCCAGAUCGCCCAACAUGGCGGACAGCGAACAAGUCCACCGUUCGCAUCACGCUUCCAAGGUCAAGGAGCGUGCGCAAAAGAAGGCCAACGCCAAAGCCAAGGGCAAAGGCAAUGAUCCGCGGGCAUUCAUCUCGGCCAAUCCACGCACGGCGCACAAGCAGAUUCUGCGCAACGCAGAGAAGGAUCAAAAGCGCUUGCAUGUGCCGCUCGUUAGUCGCGGUCCUAGUUUGAACCCUUUCCCGCAGCAGGCCAAGGCCAGCAAGACACAAGGCGCUAGUGAUGCAGACACAGAGUCUGGGGCUGUCGUGGAGCCGCCACCUCCGCCACCACCGGUCAUUGUGGCCGUUGUAGGGCCGCAAGGGGUGGGGAAGUCGACACUGGUGCGCUCACUCGUCAGGAGGUACACCAAGCAUACUGUUGCCAAUAUUCAAGGGCCUGUCACCGUUGUCAGCGGCAAGCAUCGCAGGAUCACAAUCAUUGAGUGCCCGAAUACAAUCGAAGCGAUGAUCGAUAUCUCCAAGGUCGCAGAUUUGGUUCUUCUCAUGAUUGAUGGCAGCUUUGGGUUUGAGAUGGAAACUAUGGAAUUCCUGAAUCUGCUGCAAUCACACGGCUUUCCAAAGAUCAUCGGCGUUCUUACGCAUUUGGAUCUUAUCCGCAAACCAGCUGCGCUGCGCGCAACAAAGAAGCGACUAAAGCAGCGAUUCUGGACCGAGAUCUACGAUGGCGCCAAGCUCUUCUAUCUGUCUGGUGUAAUCAACGGGCGUUAUCCGGACAACGAAAUUCAAAAUUUGAGCCGCUUCAUAUCCGUUAUGAAGUUCCGGCCGCUUGUAUGGCGGAACAUGCACUCGUACCUCCUCGCAGACCGCAUCACCGACCUCACCCCGCGGCAAGUCGUGCGCGAAAACCCAAAGGUCGAUCGCAAGGUGACGCUGUACGGCUACCUGCGCGGCACCAACCUGCGCGCACCAAGUUCGGCGAAUCAGCCUGUGCGCGUGCACAUUCCUGGCGUCGGCGACGUAUCGAUCAGCAGCAUCGAGAAGCUCGUCGACCCAUGCCCUCUACCGACCAGCGAAAGUGAGAAGAGACGCAGGCUCGCGGAUAAGCAGCGCCUGAUUCAUGCUCCAAUGAGCGACGUGGGCGGUGUCAUGUUCGACAAGGAUGCUGUGUACAUCAACGUGCCUGGCACUUUUUCGGCGCGCCGCAAGCGUGAUGCUGCUGGAGAAGAUGGUGGUAACUUCGCGGGAGGGCGCGGUGCGGAUGACGCCAGUGAUGAUGAAGCCGAGGGCGAGGGAGAGCGGAUGGUCAUGGACCUGCAGGAUGCAACGACUACGCUGGAUGAGCGGGUGCGCGCUGCGGAUUUUAGGCUCUUUGACGACGUCGGCGCAGACAAUCGCGGCGAAGGCCCGAGCGGAGGAAGGCGUCGAACAGCGGCAUUCAGCGAUGAUGUCGUCAGUGAUGAUGACAUCGUUGAUGAGGACAGUGGUGAGGAGGAUGAGGAGGAUGAGGAGGGCGACGAGGACGAGGGUGACGACAAUCUCGACAGUGGCGAGGUCGCUCUUGUCUCAGCUGCGAAGCGAAGCAACCGAAUUGCAGCUCCCACCGAGGAUGCCUCGGCGAUGCUAAACAAGCGUGCGGCAUCCAACAACAUAGCCAACGCCGAAGACUUGGCGCUUGCGUAUGCUGAAAGCGACUCGGACCUCGGUCUACUCUCUUCCGACCGCGAAGGCGAUAUGGACGAUCACGACUCGGACCAGGACAGCGAGGGAGAAGACGGGAUCGGUAUGGAUACCGGGACGGGUGCCUUGCGAUCUGCGGCAGCGAAACGCGCCGAGGCGACGCUGCAGGCCAACAGGAGACGUGUGCGGCCAAACCUCAUGCAUCUUAUCUAUGAGACGAAUAUGGACGCGGAACGAAUCGCGCGAGGCGAGAACGGUUUCGUCGACAGAGAAGAGGAGUCAGAGGCGGAUCAGGAAGACGAAAUGGAAGAGGAUGACGAGGAUACCUUCUUCAAGCCUGUGAAAGCAAGCGCAAAUGGCAGUGCGAAAGGAAAAGGGAAGGCGCUGGAUGAGGAACAGGACGUUGACGCUGUGCUCGAUGCAAACAAGUUGCGCUACGAUCCACAGGACUUCCAACAGUGGCAGUCGGACGAUCGCCUCGACUCUAUCCGACACUUGUUCAUUACCGGCGACACCGAGGGCGAUGAGGACUGUGAUGGAACAGCCGCAGCCGCAAGCGGCGACAAUGAUGGCGAUUCCGAUGCGGGUUCGGUUGCGGACUCAGAUGGCUCGGACUCUGAGGAAAAGAAGGCGCGCGAGCUGAGUGAGAAGAAAGCGGCACUCAAACGCAAAUUCGACGAGCAGUACGACGACGAUUCAGACGGCGAGGGCGGCAAGGACUGGUACGAGGAGCAGAAAGCCGAGCUGGCGCGUCAAGCCGAGAGUAAUCGACUGGAGUUGGCCGGCGAGGACGAGGAGACACGCCAAGCAGUCGAAGGAUUCAUUCCUGGCUGCUACUUGCGCCUGGAGCUUGAACACGUUCCCUGCGAGCUGGUCGAGUAUUUUGAUCCGAAGCAGCCAUUGCUCAUCGGUGGCCUGCUCGCGUCGGAAGAGACGUUCGGCUUCAUGCAAGUCCGCAUCAAGAAACAUCGGUGGCACCCGAAGAUCCUCAAGACGAAUGACCCGCUUAUAUUCAGCAUCGGCUGGCGCCGGUUCCAGAGCCUGCCGAUCUACAGCCUGGACGAUGGCACGCGCAACCGGAUGCUCAAGUACACGCCGGAGCACAUGCACUGUCUCGCGACGUUCUGGGCGCCGGCGGCUCGGCCGAACACGGGCUUUGCGGCUUUCAACGCGCUGGAGAAAGACACACCGCGCUUCCGUAUCAGUGCGACGGGCGUUGUGUUGGACAACGACACAGGUGCCGCAGGUGUCGGUGCGCACCCGAUCGUCAAGAAGCUUAAGCUGACAGGCGUACCGAGCAAGGUCUUUAAGAACACCGCGUUCAUCAAGGGCAUGUUCAACUCCCCGCUUGAGGUAGCCAAAUUUGAGGGCGCGCACCUCAAGACGGUCAGUGGAAUCCGCGGCCAGGUGAAGAAGGCGCUUGCAGCAAAUGACGGGCAGUUCCGCGCCGCUUUUGAAGACAAGAUUCUGAUGAGUGACAUUGUCUUCCUGCGUGCGUGGAUAAAUAUACAUCCGCGCAAGCUGUACAACCCGGUGACGACGCUGCUGCUGUCGCCGGAACACCGCUCGACGAUUGGAUGGAAGGGCAUGCGACUGACAGGCACGGUGCGGCGGGAGGAGUCAAUCAAGACGCCAAACAAAGUGGACUCGAUCUACGCAGGAACGGUUACGGAGCGGCCUGCGAAGCGCACGUUCAAUGCGCUCAAGGUGCCGCGAAAGCUAGAGGCUGCUCUGCCGUUUGCGUCCAAGACGAAGAACGCGCUAGCGCAGAAAGCGGGCCGCGCGACGUACCUGCAGAAGCGCGCAGUGGUGAUGGAGAAGGAGGAGAGGCAAGCGGUGAGCCUGCUGCAGCAAAUGCAGGCGGUGCAGAAGGUCAAGCUGGACAAGCGCCGCGCAAAGCAGGCCGAGAAGCGCCUGGAGAAGCAGAAGGACGCGCAGAAGGAUGCCGAGAAGAAGAGCGAUCGGCUCAAAGAGCUCAAGAAGAUCGGCAGCAGGAAGCAGGGCCAGCAGGAAGCUAAGCGGCAGAAGAUGAAUGCGUGAGCCGUUGCCGUUGUCACCGCAGCAGCAAGUAUGUGUAUAUAGCUUUUGCGAAGGAUUUCC